AUGUUGCUGUUAAUUGAGCAAACAAACUUGCGGCUAUUAUCAUUGUGGAGCGCAAAGGUUUCAGGUUCAUACAUACUAAAAAGAAAUGUUUAUUCAAAAAGCUUCAAAUCCGGCGUAAUUGAUUCUCGCGCCGAGAUUUUUCCAAAAGUAAACAACGUCAAGCAGGAAGAAGUAAAUCAAUUACAGCAUCAAUUGAAUACAGUUUUGAAUAACAAUCGGUUUAAAUUUUUGAGGGACCCUACUACUCAAGAAUUUAACUGGGACGAGUAUUUAUCGAAGGUGACACCAGUUGACGACUUUAACUACGGCCUCUUAAGCAAGUUUUAUCCCCCCUCUAAAGAUACAGCAUUGAAGAAAGCUGGCCAUGAGACUAAUUCAAAGUUCGCUGGAUCAACGAGUUCUUUGACAGGUUUACUCUCACAAAUUCAUUUUUUCCUUAGCAAGUGGAAACCACCGAGCUUUUUAGGCUUAUCAAAAAAGUUUCGUGUAGCAAAAAACGAACAGCAUUACACUCGUUUAUGUCGCUCACCUAGCUCCGUUCAUUUAUCCUACCAAAAUGGCUUGUAUUGUAUCGACAGAGAUCACAGCUUAUCAUCAAAAACAAACGAGAAUACAAUUCUUAUGAGUAUAGGGAAGUCUUUAGAGGCUUUUUUCACUCUAGAAAAAGAAGAUUAUGGUCGUUAUCUGAAAAAUGAAAAUUUACCAGAGAAACCAAAACCUCAAAUAGAUGUAUUUCAAUAUAGCAAAUGUCGGAGCCUCCUUAUUCGAUCUCAGUUAGAUUGCUUUGACAAGGCUUUGCCAAAUUCUGGGGUCUUUGACCUGAAAACAAGAGCUGUACUUGGAGUACGUCUUAAUCAAACUCAACCUGAGGUCUAUGAUUCUUAUACUCUUGACAAAUAUUACGGAAAUUUUGCUCGAUUAGGUCGCAUGGAAGGCGUCUUUGUCGCGUAUCAUAACACGUGUCAAAUUUUUGGAUUUCAAUUUGUUAGUCUGAAAAAGAUGGACAAAGCAAUCCAUUGGGGAAGAAAUAUAGGUGACGCCGAAUUUAAGCUUAGUAUUCAGCUCCUUGAAUCUAUACUACAAUAUGCCUCUUCUAAAUUUCCCAAGCAGUCUAUACGACUAAUGUUCUCUACGCAAGAAAAUACAAAGAAUCCAGCUUUGCAAGUCUUUGUAGAAGCAGUUCCCGACAAUGAGAAUCAUAAAUUCAAUCCUGCCAAUCUUGAAGAAGUGAAUUUAUCUGAGCCUGUAAAUAAUUAUAAUCGUUUUUACGCUUUCCAAGUUCGAGUUACCAAUUAUGUCAAUGGAAAGAGGAGGUUUUUCAUUCAAAAGCUCCGUAAAGACGAUAAAUGGACAAUUCGAUAUAAAAUAUAUCCGGUUUUCAAUCAAAGAGCCAUGUUUAAAGAAUACUUAUUAUUAAGGUACAAUAUGAUGAAGGGAGAAAUAAAGCCUAGAGUUGUUCCCUAUCGGCUGCUUAAUUGGUAUUAUAGAAAGCCAAAACCCAGGCAGACAAACUCAGAGACUCCGAGCUGA